GCCCACGUGCAAGGUGCAACCUUUUGGGUCUCGCGCUUCUACAAGGCUAGAACUGACUGCACACCAAGGCAACCAUCAACCACCUCCGUUCAUGUCUUGCAGCUCAUUCAUCAUGGCUAGGUAAAAAUCUGGUGAUGAGUUUGCAAGCUGCAACACACGGUGGGUCUGUAGCACCAGCGGCGGGGGCACUCCCCGGCUUGCGACGGGGCCAGCUGUGUGUGCAACUCCAGAUGACGGUCAUCUGCUGCCUCCAUCACGGAAAUCAAGCUGCUGAGCGCGGUCGCCGGGCUGAAUCGGGGCCUCGCGGCGAGCCAAGAGGACCUGGACCGGGCGGACGCGACGACGCGGAAGCUCGAGGCGGCGGCGGGGCCCUGAGGACCUGGACCAACCUCGCCAUGGUUGAGGCCCUCCUGUCCUUCCCCUAGGUGGAUGGGAUCGACCAGAUCGACACCAAAUUUCCGCAACAUGGUCUAUGUUUCAAAAAAUUGAAACAAAUAUUUUGUCGCAAAAGUUCUGUGCAACCUGACCUACGUUGCAAAAAUUUUGUGCAACAUAAUCUUUGUUGCAAAAAAUUCUUUCGCAACAGUACCUAUGUUGCAGAAAGGCGAAAAAAAACCUGCAACAAAGCGAUUGUUUCUGGAA